GACAUUCUAUGGACAAAGUCAAGGAUGCUAUUUCUCACCUCAAUCCAAACCAGGUUCCUGUGAUAACUGCAGACCAGCCAAUCUACGCUCUUGCUAAACAAGUCCAGUGGCACUGGCCUGACCGGUAUGGCGAGGACAGGUUUGUGGUAAUGUUUGAUGGUCUCCACAUAGAGAUGGCUGCAUUCAGGUCACUUGGGACCUUGCUCCAGAAUAGCGGAUGGACAGGUGCUCUCGUGGAGGCUGGGGUGGCUUUCUCUGGAACUGCAGACUCGUUUCUCUCUGCAUCCAGUGUCACAAAAACGCGCCAUAUGCACGAGGUCACAGCAUGCUGUCUCUAUAUGCUCCAAAAGGAAGCAUAUGACUACCACUGUGCAGAAGAGAACAGAGUCCUGGAUUUUGACGGCUGGUGUGAGACACGGAGGAAAGAGAGCCCUCAGUUUCAGCUCUGGGAGCUUGUCCUGUCAAUGGAGUUGGUUGUGUUCUCGUUGGUUAGAUCUUUCAGAGAGGCUAACUUCAGCUUGUACUGUCAAGCACUCUCUGCUCUGAUCCCCUUCUUCUUUGCCAACAACAAUGUCAACUAUGCUCGAUGGCUCCCCAUCCACCUCAGAGACAUGGUAUCCUUGGAACAAACUCAUCCUGCUGUGUUCCAUGAAUUCCAACUUGGAAAGUUUGUGGUCCACAAGACUCACAGGGAGUUUUCUGGUAUAGCCAUUGACCAAGCCCAUGAACAAGCUAAUGCAGUGGUCAAAGGUGAUGGUGGUGCCAUUGGCAUUACUGAAGAUCCAUCUGCACUGAGGCGAUGGAUGGUGUCUGGACCAGAGGUUAGCCAGCUGGUUCACCAAUAUGAGUUGGUUACCCAGGCCAAACUGGGGAAUGAGGAUAUCAGACAUCAUGAGCAGACCAGCCAGUCUCAGAAGGCCUUCACUGACAAGGUCAAGAAGUUGUUUAGUGCAAUGAAGGAUCUAGGCAAUCCUUUCCAGGAAGAGUCCAAAGAUCUUCUCACACUGGACACAAAGAUCAUUGAACAUCCCAGUGCUGCAGAGCUUGUCAGAACUCACAUUGAUAAAGGUCAAGCUGCCUUCAAAGACUUUUUCAAUAGUCUUGGUGAUGAGGCUUCCUUCUACAAGCCCAUCAAAAAGAACAAAACUGACUUCUUCCGCCAGGAAGCAGCUGUAGCUUCCACUGACAAGAAGAAGCAGGUACUGAAAAGUGACUGCAAUCUGUUCUCACAGCUUUUCAUAUCCUGUCAAGCACGAGAAUGUGAUCUGUCAGAAUUCUUCAGGCAUGAGAAUCAGUCUUUUCCUGCAGCACUGAGUGACACAGGGAAUCUCUAUCCUGGAAAGAAGUCUGACCUUGUUGGCAUUCUGGAAGAUACCAUUGCUCUUCCUGAUUCUCAGCCAGAAUGUGAUGUCAUCAUUAUUGAUGGUGCUGCUCUUGUACACUCUCUCUCGCCAAAGACCUCAAAGACACUUGGGGAAUAUGCUGUCCGUGAUGUAGUGCCAAAGAUUCGGAGUUACUCAUCGAAGUAUGAGCGAACAGACAUUGUGUUUGAUGUCGACAAGACUUCAAGCCUCAAGGCUGAAACAAGAUCAAAGCGAGGCAAAGGAAGUCUGUGUAGAGUGACAGACAAAACCAAGCUGCCACCCAUCUGGUCCAGCUUUCUCAGAGACAGUGACAAUAAGACAGAACUGUUUGAGUAUCUAGCAGACAAGAUUGUAUCCAUGUGUCCCGACAAUGUCGUAGUUGUGACCAAAGGAGAGAAGGUCUUGUCAAACAAAUCCAUCAACUUUGAAGGCCUACAACCUUGCAAUCAUGAAGAAGCUGACUCCAGGAUUUUCACACACGCAGUUCAUGCAGCCAAACAGAAGACAAAGUCUGUGUUGAUCAAGGCAUGCGACACAGAUAUCCUUGUCAUAGCAGUUGGUCUCUUUGCGAGUCUUCAGAAUGUUGGCUUAGAAAUGCUUUGGGUAGAAUUCGGCCAGGGACAGUCCAUUAGAUGGUUCCCAAUUCACAACUUGGCGAUGAACCUCGGCCAAGAGAAAUGUAGUGGCAUGCUCUUCUUUCAUGCCUUCACUGGCUGUGACGUGGUCUCGGCCUUUCGAGGUAGAGGGAAGACAACUGCAUGGCAAACAUGGGCACUUUGUCCUGAAGUGGGCCCAGUGUUCAGCAAACUGAGUCAGUACCCACCUACCAUAGAAGAUGCUGAUCUCAACAUUCUCGAAAAAUUUGUUGUCAUUAUGUAUGACAAACACAGCAACACUACCAAGGUUGAUGAGGCGAGACUGCACUUGUUUGCUCGGAAGCAAAGACCCUAUGACUCCAUUCCUCCAACUAGUGCAUCUCUCGUUCAGCAUGUUAGACGAUCUGCAUUCCAAGCUGCUUGCAUAUGGGGCCAAUCAACAGAAUGUACAAUGCAACCUAGUAGUCCUGGCAACUGGGGCUGGCAAAAAAAAGGUGAAGCCUGGGAAGUUCUUUGGUCAACCCUCCCACCCAUUGCUCAGUCCUGCCAGCAGCUGACAAAAUGUCGUUGCACGGGUGAAUGUCGGGGACCAUGCAAAUGUUAUCGCUACACCCUGAAGUGCACACAACUGUGUAGCUGUAAAUGCAAAGAGUAAAACAAUGAUCCAGGUUAAAUUCAAACAAGUCACUUCAGUCUGCUGUAGUACCUAUAUUGUGCUUCUGUCACAACAAAUUGAGAUACCACAUCGGUAACUUCCUGAGACAGUGCUAGUUCAUAUAAUUGUCAUCAUAUCACUAUAACACUUAAUGAUAUUGAAAUUUUGAUCUCAGAAUUCGAUUCCUCGUGUUAAAAAACAUAUAUUUUGAUCUACAGAUCAUGAAAAUGUCAUUACUUUGACAAUAUUUAGUGCAAAUACUGUUUCGUACUGGAAUGAAUGGCGGCCAUCUUGAAAAAUGGCGGCCAUUUUGUUUUUGAAGUUGGCUAACGUGCUUUUCUGAGAGAGGAGGUUCUGAAGCACCUGUGUGCCAAUUUUGGUGCUUGUAUCACCAAAUGAAAGAUUGUUUCAGCAAUCUGCCCCACUAUGUGGUUUCACAGCAAUACUGAAAUAUGCAGAGGGUUACAGCUCUCUGUUACCAUUUUACUCCAUUCAGCCUUUCUCCCCUGUUCCCUUCCCUGUUGUCUUGUCAGUGCUUUUCUCCAUCCUGGCUCUGUUCAGCUGUCAGAAGAGCUUGUUGGAGGGACUCUACCAGUUAUUCUUUGCUAUGGCAAUACAAUAGGCUUAUUGUAUUGCCAUAGCAGCGCAGUCUCAUGGUGUCUUUCAAGGAGGCACUCAAGGUGUACAGGCAGCGAUAUUUAUAGUUUCUGCCGGCAUGCUUUUAGUUACACAUUCAAUAUGGUGUCCAGCAACAUGAUUCCCACGGGGCAGGGCUAUUUCAAGGCUUUACCAGCCAGGAUGCAGAGUGUUAGUCUCAGAGUGCACAAUAAAGAGCUACACAGCCCUCACCAGGGCUACUCUACACUGUAACAAAUUGCUGUAAAAAUACAGCAUAUUUUGUACAGUAAUAUACCGUUCUUUGUAAAUACAGCUGAAUACUGUAAAUUCACGUGUUUUUCAAGAACAAAAUAAUAACAGCAAGCUACCUUACAAUCUUACAGCAGAUUACAGUAUUUUUCUGGUUUGGGUUGAUUUGAGUGUGACUGUUGCUGCAGUCCAACUGUUACUCGUCUCGGCAAAUCUUCCUGCACAUCACCACAUUUAGCAAACAGCCAACACAAAGAAGUGACGAAAUAGGUUUAAAAUAGUAUGUAUGGGGGAUUUUACUCAUUACCGAGGGAAGAAGUGGAGAAAAGGAAGAAGUGAGGACGACGAUUUUCGGCCCUCAGACCUGCAGGGACCAUCUGUAGCUGAUCCAUCCUGCUCCGGUUCACUGAACAAGGUAACUGUGAUUAUUAAAAAGUCAGCCUUACUUUUAUUUCUGUCAGUCUAUUUAUGUUUUAUUCUUUGACAGUAACAUAAACAUAGCCAGUUAGUUACUGCUUGGUGUUAGCCACGAGUCGCUAGCAUGAAUGCUAACGUUUCCCACACUGUUAGCUAGCAGCUAGCUAGCUAGCAUUAAUGCUAACGUUUUCCACACUGCUAGCAUCCUCCCCUUUGGCUGCAGUGGACAAAACUUUGGCUCUUUCUUUUAAACCAGACCAGGAAAAUGAAUUUCUAAGCAACCAGAUCCAGCUAGGUUAAGUUAGCUAUCUCUGUCUUUCAUGUAAUUUUCCAUUAAAUAUACAAUGUGAUGCUCCACUGAUCUGUUAUCAUGUACUUGUCUGCUUUCGACCAUUUAGGUAAUUUCAAGUUUUAAAAAGGUUUGUAGGAUGUGUCCUGUUGCUUUUCUCUCCACUUAGGAAAGGUAAACUUGCUUGUUAUGCAAACGGCUGCAAAAAUUAGAUUUAAAUGUGUAUUGAACUAAAUAGCUGUUUUAAGUGGAACCCUCUGUUUUGCUUAAUAAUUUGAGUUUCCUGUUUGUUUGUUUUUUGUUGAUGAUUGUGACAGAGUUCCAUAUUAUGUUCAAGGGAUCUUUGCCUACACACCUAAUAUAUUCUUUCUUUGUCAUUUCAUUCUAGGCUCUUUCUUGCUAUCAACCCUGAGAGGGGAACAAAGGCAGCCAGGAGAAGGUGAUGUUCCAGAGGUCAGGAAGCUGCUCCAGAUAAAGACAUCUACUGUAAAUCCUCAUGUAACCUCCUUUAUAAAAAGACUCAUGGACUCUGAGUGGAACUUCAUGUAAACCCACAGCACCUCACCACACAGGACCUCACUUUCACAAAGCAAAAGCCCAGUCUGCAACCAGAUGUUCAUGCUGUCAUUCUAAGGUAACAAAUCUCAGUAUUGUGUUGGGUUUAGUAUAAAAUACUUCAGUUCCAGGUUUGUUCCUUGACUAGGUGUUUAUUGAACAUGAUCAUGAGUUAUGAAACACUGAUUCUGAAGGCAGGGUACCUGAAAUGUGAUAUGCAAUUUUUAAACAGAUUGCUGACAACCUGUUAAACAUCAUUAAUUGUUUUUAUAGAUUUUAUUUUAAAAGACUUGAAUUACUUGACAUUUGUUAGCUGCUGAAUGUGUUCAAUCAAACUCAGUGUACCUGAACUAGAACAUGCACAAUGGGAACCUGUUCAGCAUGAGGAAAUGAUUGUAUGUUACUGAAAUUGAAUGGGUUAGAUAGGUCAGUUUUUGAACUAUGUUUGAUACAGAGUUGGCUUUAAUAAAAGCUUAAUGUUGAAAAGUCAUCUCUUGUCUGAGCCAUUUCUAUGCUAUGCUAUUUCCUGGGGCUUUCGUUUUGAAAGCCCCAGGAAAUAGCUCUCUAAACAGCAUAAUACUGUAAUAUUUUUUACAGUAAAAAACAGUUGUUUUAGAAUACGGUAGGAUUACUGUAAAAUAACAGUGCGCUGCUGGCAACUUUAGCUGCCAGCUCUUUACUGUUAAUUUACAGGGAAAUUUCUUAGAGUGUAAAUAUGCAGAUGCAAAGGUGUUGGGCCAUGCCUGCAGUGUGCUGGCUGCUUUCGCCAUCACAGCCACAGUUGGUGACAGAAAUCCUCUAUCUGUGCUGAUUCUGCCCUGGGUGGUGAUGGCUGGUGGGACACUAUAGCUGCUGUGUGGUUCAGUAGCUUUUGCUCAGGAUAAAACCUUUGAGAGCACCGUUUUUAUUCUCUACGGGAUGAUGUGGACAGUGUGGGGGUUGACACGAUAUGGCGACCUGUAUGGUGACACCAGAGGCUUUAAUUUGGCUGCUGGGAUCAUUAGCUUCAUGCUGUUUAACUGUUUGGUGACAGCAGCAACGCUGUUUCUAAAUGUGGCCUGGUUUGUCUACGCUCUCACCUUCCAGCUCAUCCUCAUCAGCUUCCUGCUGGAUGCAGUAGGUGCGCUGCCUUUUGGCUACGACAUAGGAGUCACCAUCAUCUUUGGCCUGGUCAGUUUUUAUUGUUUCCUGGAAAACAUUUUCAACAGCACCUUCCAGUCCCCCCAGAUCCCUUUAGGAAGACCUCGAGUAAAGCUGAAUGGGGUAGGAGGAGGGGAAGAUAUCGGCCCACGUGUACCAGCCCGCAAGGCCACAUCUGUGCAGCAGAUUGCAGGUGAGAUAUGAAAGACAAUGAUGCUGAUUUCUGAAAUAAACUGCUGUUUAUGUUCUUGAUGUGACAGUAGUUGUCUUCUCUUCCCCUCUGCAGAAAUCAUGAAAAACGGUGGCAUAUGUGGAAUGCCAACUGACACAGUCUAUGUGCUGGUGGCAGCCUGCAACAGGCCAGACGCAGUCGUCAAAGCUUACAAAUAAGUUCAGAUGUUUUUAAAUGUGUCCCUUAUGUAGUGGUUCCUUCUUAUUACCGUCUGAUCUCUCCUUCAUUUCAGGGUGAAGAAGCAGGCACAGGACCGAUCCAUGUCCUUGUGGAUCUCCUCCAUCAAGCAGCUGGAGUCGGUGCGACACCUGCUGAGCCCUCUAGUGCUGGACUUCACAUGGCUGUCCUCCAUUAGCAUGGUUAUACCCAGACGUAGGUCCCUGGAUGGACAUGUUUGGUUUGGGAGAUGCUGCCAAACACAAGUAUUGCUAUCAGAAACCCAGACUGUUCUGUGGCAACACAUCUCAUUAAUUUGGUGGGGCCUAUUGCAGUAACCUCAGCCAACCCUACAGGCAAAGCAGACACAACUUACCAUAACCAAGUUUAUGCCAAACUGGGAGACAAG